CUGACCAGUAGACCUCCUCUCUGAGCCUCUCUGUUAUCUUUCUUCUCACUGUCUCCUCUGAUGACUGGAUGUUUGGCUUUGGGAAUUGAUGGCAGUUGAACUGGACUUUAAUCCAAUGGGAACUGGAGACAGUGGUUGAACACUGAAUUCGAUAAAGGCUUGUGGAUGGACGAUUACCACAGAGAGAGAUUUCUGUGUUUGAGGAGAGCAGGGAAGAGAAGUGCUACAGCUGCAGUAAGUGCACAAGUGCAAAAUAUUUUGUAAUUAAUGGUUUAGAUUCUAAAAGAGGUGUAUUUUUAAGAUAGAGAACAGGAACAUUCAAUCUGGCUCCCCGAAGAAGCAAUAAGGACGGUUACAUUUGCGCUGAACGUCGACCACUUUAUGAGCUUGCUUGUGUUGUGUAGGAAAGAGCUCUGCGCGUGAAGAGAGGGGACAUUGCGCUUAGCCGCUCUGCUGCAGAACACGCCAUGAGCUCCAGUCUGGUCAACUCGCUGGCCAAGGUGUAUGACCCUAACCCUCUUCAUGGUCAGAAACCGGUUGUGAAGAGGCUGACAACAGGACCUUACCAACCCCACACCUCCUCCUCUCCAGACACUGUGAAGGCGAGGUGCACAGACACAGAGAGUCGUAUGGACUCUCUAAGCAGCCAGAUGGAGCAUCUGCUCCAACUCCAGGAGACUGUCCUCACCCGGCUGGAUGGCCUGUCCCGGGACCUAGGGGGCGUGGGACGGGAAGUGGCCUCUCUUCGGGCUGGGGGCUGGGGGUCUGGAGGCACGGUGGUAGGCCAGAGCCGGGACGAGACCCAGUUGAAGGUGGACAAUCAGGUCCAGGAAGUGGUUGAGGCUUGCAGAGAGCUCCAGGGGGUGGUGCAGGAGGCCAGCAGGCGGGUGGAGCAACAGGGGCGGAGGCUGGAAGGGAUUGAGAGGCUGGUGGAGGGCAUGCAUCAGGUCAUUAACUUCAUUGGAGAGAUGGUGAAAGGUUCCCGGCUGGCUGAGCUGUUGUUUAAUAAAACUGGAGGCUUUAAGGCCAGGAAGCUGAAGGACAAUGGGAUAAGGGAUGUUAAGGACAAAGCCAAGUUCAGCAUCAAGGGCCUGAAAUCCCACAAGAAGAAAAAGCCUCCAGAUGCAUCAGACUCUGUAGAGCUCCUCCUUCAAGACCAGGUGGAGAAGCUCAACAGGCAGAAUGCUGAGUGUUCGUUUGGUAAAGUGGUUCAGGACACACCUCACACUCUCGCUGUCCAAUCAGAGGACCUGGAGGAUGCCGAGGGGUGGAAGGACAAGACGGGAACUAUUGAUUGUGAGGAAGAGCCGAGGCCCACAGAGGAGGAGGAGGGGAAUAUAUUUGGUGACUCUGAGGCUGAGGAAGAGGAGGGCAGAGAAAAAGGUGCAUUCAAAGUUGAACAGGUUGUGGAAGAAGAAGUGCUGGACAGAAGGCAAGUGGAGGAAGUGUCAUCAUUGUCAUCAAGAUCUGAGGAGUUAGCUGAAGUGGCUGCCUGCAGUAAACGUUGUGUCACGGAGGAGGAUCUGGUGAAAGACGAUUUGAAGAAGAGUCGAGUGGAGGAGAGGAACGAGGAAGGGGGAGCAGAGGAGAUUGCAGAGGCUCAGGCUGCCUGGCCAGGAGGAGAGAAGACUGGGGGAGAGAAGACAGGGGGAGAGGAGGUGGAUGGUGGACGAUCAAAUGAGUACAUCAUUGACUCCAGCCCCCCGCCAGCGGCCCCCUUCAACCAUCGCAUCGUGACUCCUAAACCCCACCAGAUCGCUACGUUCUACGCCAUUAACAAAGACGAGGUUCUAGGAGGCGGACGUUUUGGACAAGUUCACAAAUGUGUGGAGAACUCUUCUGGACUGAUGCUAGCCGCCAAGAUUAUCAAAGCCAGGAGCCAGAAAGAGAAGGAGGUGGUAAAGAAUGAAAUCCAGGUGAUGAACCAACUUAAUCACGCCAACCUUAUCCAGCUAUAUGCUGCCUUCGAGUCACGCACUGACAUCAUCCUCAUCAUGGAAUAUGUGGAUGGAGGGGAGCUGUUUGACCGGAUCAUAGAUGAGAACCACAACCUGACUGAGCUGGACACAGUGCUGUUCAUCAGGCAGAUCUGUGAGGGACUGCAGUACAUGCACAAAAUGUAUAUCCUACAUCUAGACCUCAAGCCGGAAAACAUUCUCUGUGUUAGUAGAGCUACAAACAAGAUCAAAAUAAUUGACUUUGGGCUUGCAAGAAGGUAUAAGCCCAGGGAAAAGUUAAGGGUCAAUUUUGGAACGCCCGAAUUCCUUGCUCCCGAAGUCAUCAACUAUGAAUUUGUCUCAUUCCCCACAGACAUGUGGAGCUUGGGAGUCAUCACAUACAUGCUUCUGACCGGUCUCUCUCCGUUCCUGGGGGACGACGACAACGAGACUCUGAACAACAUCUUGGCCUGUCAGUGGAACUUUGAGGUGGAUGAGUUCACCGAAAUCUCUGAGGAGGCCAAAGACUUCAUUACAUGUCUGUUGAUCAAGAGCAAGAGUUGGAGGAUGAGUGCAUCCCAGUCACUGAAACAUUCCUGGCUGUCAGACCGGAAUCUUCACUACCGCCUGCAUCAGAAGAAGAAUAAAUGCCACUCAACACACUCUCCCCCUCCCCGGAGAGCUGGACAGGACCCCAAAGACUCUGUGGACGCCUUGUGAUGACAUGGAGGCUGGCGCCUUUUGAUGACACGACCGGGGGGCGUGGCCAAACACUGGACCAACGAUGCUUUACCUGUAUGGCUAUGGGAUUGCUACUCUCUGCUCUGCCUUGCAUCCUCACAUCCGGUAGCUUAGAACAGCAGCUCUCUAUUGCUCUGACUUACUGUAUGAAUAAAUCACCACAGGUGCAAGCGUUAGGCCAGCAGGAAGUUACUUUUUAACUUUAGGUUUACAGUUCUACCUCCAACCGCAGCCCCCUUCCAACCAGUUACUCUACAUACAACCCCAUUCUACAAUGACACUCCGAGAACCAACGAGCUAACAAGGUCCUCAGAGAAACCCCCAUCAAACAAUGUCCUCAAUAAACCAUCAAGCAAACGAACUCCUCAGAUAACCAUCUAGCUAACAAUGUCCUCAUAGAACCAACCAAAAAACAAUGUCCUCAGAGAAUCACCCAACUAUCAACGGCCUCAGAUUAGAACCUAGUUAACAGUUCCAAAGAGAACCAAACAUACAUCGUCCUCAGAUCAUUUGGAACAGUGCACCAUGGAGUCCUAUACUCAUGAACAACCAAAGGGACGUUGACCAUGAGGACGGAGGAAGACAUUACAGGUAGUUUGUUCCAGGCUUUAUUGUCCUGUGUUUUGCCUGGUGCCUGGUGGGCAGCCUCCAGGAUGAUAAUGAGGAGGGCCACUGGACUGCCAGGACUCCUGAUCCCAGUGGUUGGACGAUAAGGCGUGGAAUGCAAUGGUGGUGUGCCGUUCCCCACCCAGCUGCAACUGAAUCCAGUGUUCAUUUAUUAGUUAUGACACUGCAAUGAAUGUGGUGUAACUGCUAACUUGUAAUGAAUCUAAUUAAUACAUGUAUUAUUAUACACAGUCACGUAUUAUAAGCUUCAUGCCAUGUUCAGCAUUGGCUCCCAAACUGAAACGGUCAUAGCCGUCACCAAACACAUUUUCAACAUUCUGUGUAUGUAAAAUACCAUAUGGGUCUAGCUUACCAAGUCUUAUCAUGCCACUAGUUUUGAUUUAUUUGGGUGGUUUUGAAGUUUCUGGUUCGAGGUAAAAAAAAUUUAUCUAGUAUUUUCCAAACAUUGAGUUUGAAUGUUUUUUUCAUUACAUUUGACAGUGCUGUCCUUGGUCCUUUCUUUAUGUUUUCCCCAUUGACAUUUGCUUUAUUCAUUGAUGGAAUUUGGAAAAUGAUAAGACAUUGUUACUCAAUAUUUGCUCUUCCCAUUGCUGCUAACUUUACUUUCUACUGGAGCCGCUGGUGUGAACUUAGUGUAAAAUGACCUUUGUGUGUGCAUGCUGUUGGCUUGUUCCUGACCUUUAACUGCUUUGCUUUAGCCAUUUGUAGAAACUGUUUCACCUUCCAUGAAGGCACUGUACUGAUCAACAGAACACUACCUACAAGACAAAAAUAAUUAUGUUUACCACUGGACAUAGUAGCUUGAGUGCCAGUCUGUUAGUGCUAUUAAACCAUCUGGCUAUGACAGCAAGGGCAACAACAGAUUUGGGACCAGGCUAUGACUUUAGUAGAUUUUUACUUCAUGAAUAAUCUUGGUUCCUCACCAGAUUUUUACUUGAAACGCAAAGCUUAGCCGCUGUAAGAAGGUUCAUAAUAUUCUAUGUAUCUCGGAGAGAGAAUGGGAAAUGGGAUACUUGCCAGCUUGCAUAUAAGGUACUGUACAAGCCAGAUUUGGCUUCCGCCUUAAACACAAUCCAUCUGAAACGGAGGAGUAUGGGGAGAUACCACAAUGAGUGCCCAGGGAGCAAUUUGUUUUUUUCUGUCUUGUUCAUGGACAGAGUCAGCUUGCGGAUUUGAUUAAGCAACUAUUAAUUUACUGAUCAGAUGAACUAACAGCCAGGUUACCUGCUGGUAUUGAUAAAAAAAAAUAGUUUAUUUAUUUAUUUGUGUUCUAUUGAUUACAUUUUAUGUUUUUUAAGUAAGUACAGUAAUUACUUCUGUAGAUCUAAAUCAAAUGGUUUUCUGCAUUUCUGCCUCACUAUACAUAAACUGUGGAUAGUCAGUUGAUUCUUAUUUGGUCAGAUAUUGAUGAUUUAUUUAUUUAUGAAGUCACAUAUUGGUUGUUUGGUUAAUGGUCAGACAUGCCUUUUUUCUAACAUCAGCAGAGGUGUAAUGUAACUAAUUACAAUUGCUCUCGUUACUGUAAUGGAGUACACUUUUCGAGUAUUUUUCAAGUCUGUAAUGUUACUUCAACUCAAGUGAAAUGUAAUUGAAGUACCAAUGGUUCUACUGGUGUAGGAUAUUUCAGUACUCUAUCCUUUGCUGGUGGUGAGUGAAAGAGAGAGUUUGUGAAUGAGUGAGAUGAGGAUUGAGAGUGAGAGUGCAGAAAUUACUUUUGUUUCCACUGUAUAUGAAUUUGUCUUUUUUUUUCAGUUUUAUGCAUGGAAAAGUUUAUAUUUAAUAACAUUAACUUAACUGUAGCAAAAUGUCUUUAAAGUAACCGUACAUUUACUUGAGUCUAAUAUUUCUGUGCUCUUUCCAUCCCAGGACAUCAGUUGUUUCUUCAUUUCCCUUUAUGAGGGGAAAUGGUGCAGUGAGUUCUACACAUUUUUGUGAUUUGUUUUUCCAAGUGGGUUUUCACAGUUGGUUGUCAUAAUGAAACUAAAGCAUAGAUAUAAAUGAAGAA